GCGCUGAGGAGCGCUCCCUCUGUCUGGCUGGUCUGCAGACGGUCUCCCACCGUCACCAGCACCAGAGACUGCGGUCCCCAGCGGUUCUCCAUUUCACAGGGUUCCACUUCCCAACAGGAGAGCAGCAGGUCCCGCCCUGGCUUGGGGCUGUCUCUAGUCCCGCCUGCUGCAGAAGGUGAGCAGAGAAACUGGGGUGAGGGGCCCCCAGUGGGGCAACCAGCCACAUGUCACUCUGCUUCCUCUGAGGAGCUGACUGAGAACAGGAAGCAUCGCGCCUCACGACCCACCGGGCCUUCACUGUGUCCGCUAGACGAGACCGCGAGCCAGCCUGGUGGGCAGCUGGGCAAGCCCCAGCCAGUCCAGCCCUACACAGCGCCCAGGCCGCCAGGAGACAGAGUGGGACAUGCUGGGCCGGGGCCCCCUGCUGCUYGCCCUGGUGGGGCUGCUCUCCCUUGGGUCUGCCCUCUCUCAGGAAUGUACCAAGUACAAGGUCAGCACCUGCCGGGACUGCGUCCAGUCGGGGCCUGGCUGCGCCUGGUGCCAGAAGCUGAACUUCACAGGGCAAGGGGAGCCCGACUCGGUUCGCUGUGACACCCGGGAGCAGCUGCUGAAGAAGGGCUGUGCGGCUGAUGACAUCAUGGACCCCAGGAGCCUCGCCGAGCCCCAGCAGGACCUGGAGGGGGCCUGGAAGCAGCUGUCCCCACAAAAAGUGACACUGCACCUGCGACCAGGUCAGGCGGCUGUGUUCAACGUGACCUUCCGGCGGGCCAAGGGCUACCCCAUCGACCUGUACUACCUGAUGGACCUCUCGUACUCCAUGCUGGACGACCUCAUCAACGUCAAGAAGCUGGGCGGUGACCUGCUCCAGGCCCUCAACGAGAUUACCGAGUCCGGCCGCAUCGGCUUCGGGUCCUUCGUGGACAAGACAGUGCUGCCCUUCGUCAACACGCACCCCGAGAAGCUGAGGAACCCGUGCCCCAACAAGGAGAAGCAGUGCCAGCCCCCGUUCGCCUUCCGGCACGUGCUGAAGCUGACCAGCAACUCCCACCAGUUCCAGGCUGAGGUCGGGAAGCAGCUCAUCUCUGGGAACCUGGACGCUCCCGAGGGCGGGCUGGACGCCAUGAUGCAAGUCGCUGCCUGCCAGGAGGAAAUCGGCUGGCGCAACGUCACCAGGCUGCUGGUGUUCGCCACUGAUGAUGGUUUCCACUUCGCGGGCGACGGGAAGCUGGGCGCCAUCCUGACACCCAACGAUGGCCGCUGCCACCUGGAGGACAACCUGUACAAGCGCAGCAAUGAGUUUGACUACCCCUCGGUGGGCCAGCUGGCACACGCUCUGGCUGAAAAAAACAUCCAGCCCAUCUUCGCGGUGACUCAGAGGAUGGUGCCGACCUACAAGAAACUCACAGAGAUCAUCCCCAAGUCGGCCGUGGGGGAGCUGUCUGAGGACUCCAGCAACGUGGUGCAGCUCAUCAAGGAUGCCUACAACAAACUCUCCUCCAGGGUGUUCCUGGAACACGGCACCAUCCCCGACACCCUGAGGGUCUCCUACGACUCCUUCUGCAGUAAAGGAGAGUCACACAAGGGCCAGCCCCGAGGGGACUGUGACGGCGUGCAGAUCAACGUCCCGAUCACCUUCCAGGUUCGGGUCACCGCCACCGAGUGCAUCCAGGAGCAGUCCUUUGUCAUCCGAGCGCUGGGCUUCACAGACACAGUGACCGUGCAGGUCCUGCCCCGGUGUGAGUGCCGGUGCCGGGACCAGAGCCAGAACCGUGGCCUCUGCGGAGGCAAGGGCUCUCUGGAGUGCGGCGUCUGCAGGUGUGAUGCUGGCUACAUCGGGAAGAACUGCGAGUGCCAGACCCAGGGCCGCAGCAGCCAGGAGCUGGAGGGAAGCUGCCGGAAGGACAACAGCUCCAUCGUGUGCUCGGGGCUGGGCGACUGCAUCUGCGGGCAGUGCAUCUGCCACACCAGUGACGUCCCCAACAAGGAGAUCUUCGGGCAGUACUGCGAGUGCGACAAUGUCAACUGUGAGCGCUACGACGGCCAAGUCUGCGGUGGCCCAAAGAGGGGGAGCUGCUCCUGUGGCCAGUGCCACUGCACAGAGGACUUCGAGGGCUCAGCGUGCCAGUGUGGGAAGUCCACCGCAGGCUGCCUGAACGCCGCGCGGGUGGAGUGCAGUGGCCGCGGCCGGUGCCGCUGCAACACGUGCGAGUGUGACCCUGGCUACCAGCCACCCCUGUGCCAGGACUGCCCAGGCUGCCCCUCUCCCUGCAGCAUGUUCAUCUCCUGUGCCGAGUGCCUGAAGUUUGAGAAGGGCCCCUUCGAGAAGAACUGCAGCGCAGCGUGCCCGAGCAGUCUGCUGCCCAGCCGCCCUGGGCAGGGCAAGGCCUGCAAGGAGAGGGACUCGGAGGGCUGCUGGAUGACCUACACACUGCUGCAGCGGGACGGCAGGAACCGCUACGACAUGCACGUGGAYGAGAGCCGGGAGUGCGUGAAGGGUCCCAACAUUGCAGCCAUCGUAGGGGGCACGGUGGCAGGGGUGGUGUUGAUCGGCGUCCUCCUGCUGGUCAUCUGGAAGGCCCUGACCCACCUGAGUGACCUCCGGGAGUUCAGACGCUUUGAGAAGGAGAAGCUCAAGUCCCAAUGGAACAACGACAACCCCCUCUUCAAGAGUGCUACCACGACGGUCAUGAACCCCAAGUUUGCGGAGAGCUAGGAGCCCUUGGUGAAGAGGAGGCUGAAGGACAGAGCAGAGGGGACCCCAGACCACGUCUCCACCCUGCGGCCUGACUUGGCUUCCCCUGUGGACCAGAAGUCCACUCUGUUUCCCUCUGCCUUCAAGUGACAGAGGUGGCCAGGGGCUGGCGGACUCCUCUUCAGGGGCAGCCUCCCCCCACCUGCUGUCUUCCCAGUGCAACCCCAGAGUGAGGCCUCUCAGGGGGCUGGUGUGGCUCCCUGUGGGGGUGGGCAGACUCCUGACCUUCCCGUUCAGGUGUCACAGUCCUGUGUGUGGAAAGAGCAAACCCCGCGGAGGCCGGCUGUGGUGUCCCUCCUGGCCUGCAAGUCCUGGGCUCUGUGCUUCCUGCUUCCACAGGAGGGACAGGCCCGCCCACCCCUGGGCUGCCCCUCUUCUAUUCUUUCUCCCCUGCUGGCCACGCCCUGCAGAAGGUGGCCUGCUGUUGAGCCCAGCCUCAGCGGCUGGCUCCCCCUCCCAGCUGCCAGGUUCUGCCUCCAGCCUCUCUCUCAGCCUCCAGCACUCCCCAGCCCCUCUCUCUAGCCUCCAGCACUCCCCAGCCCCUCUCUCUAGCCUCCAGCACUCCCCAGCCCCUCUCUCUAGCCUCCAGCACUCAGCAGUACAUUUCUGCUGCUUAGUUCUCAGGUAUUUUGCCACUGCUAUAGGAACAGACCAAGGCCCUUAUUUGUAAAGGCACAUUUGACACAAUCACCAAACAAUAAACUUAACCAUAUUA